UGUAGAGGGGUCCAAGUGAAAGGUACAAUGUUAUCUUAUCGGAUGAAUCUGAAUCUUCUGUCAUCAUGUAUCUACCCAGGUACAGCUACCUAAGCAAACAUUUCGCAUGCGUUGAAGGCUUUUAUGUUUUAAAAGAGAACCUCCUCUGUUUCUUCAUAAUCCAAUAAGACCCAUCUAAUCCGGAGUCAGCUUAGUUGUGUUGCGCUCGCUCUUGAACGAAAGCCUAUUACCAACGCCAAACAUGCCCAACUUUAGACCAGCAUUGAUAGUCAUAGAUCUACAAGAGGACUUUUGCCCUCCGAAUGGUUCACUUGCUGUAGCCAAUGGCCGUGAUAUCACACCGUUGAUCAAUAAGCUUCUAGCCUCACCUUUUGUGACUAAGAUUGCGACCAAAGACUGGCACCCAACUGAUCAUAUCUCGUUUGCCGCAAAUCACAAAGGCAAAUCUCCGUUUGAGGACUUUGUCACCAUCGUGAAUCCACACAACGAAUCUGAGACCUAUGAAUCAAGAUUAUGGCCAGUUCAUUGCGUGCAGGGCACUCCAGGAGCCGAGCUAAUACCCGAACUACACAUCGGCCAGCUUGACACGAUUCUAGAGAAGGGCACGGACCCACGGGUUGAGAUGUAUAGCCCGUUCUACGACCCUUUCACUUCCCCACGUAUUUGUGAUAGCGGUCUUAUGCAGGCCUUAAAAGAAAAGCAAGUGACGGAUGUGUACGUGGUGGGGUUGGCGGCGGAUUAUUGCGUCAAGAACGCAGUAAUUGACGCGGCUAAAGAGGGAUUUAAAACAUACCUGGUAGAGGAGUGUACCCGACCAGUCGACGCGUUGGCUUGGCCGGAAUGCAAGAAGGAAAUCGAGGCUACCGGAGUCAAAAUUGUCAGCAUGGACGGGCCGGAAGUACGGCGAUUGAUGACGGCGCAAUAGCUGAGUAAGCUUAUAAUUCACCGAGGAUGGUGGUUUCUACUCAGCAGAGAAGAUAAGUGAUUGCGGUUUUAUUACUUAUUACUCGUUCAAUAGUUUGUGUUCAUGUAUGUAGGUAGGUAGGUAGGACAUUAUCAAGUCCGGAGUUACUUUAUUGAAGCAAGCGCCGUCUUAUGACAUAUCUAACUCGUACGAUAGGAACCGGCAACGGGCUUAUGGGGAUCACAGGGCAUGAGAAACUGUCAUUUCAAGCCACUUACACUUACAUACCAAGACACACAUGUCUAGGAUACAACACAUGGACACAAGGGCAAGAAACGCGAUGGAUGCGAAUAUAAGUGUCUUACUAGGGUUACCUGGGUAUAUCUUGUACAUGGUAUAUACAAAGGACAAAGCAUACCAUUCCUACGUAAAGUAACAUUCCGUCACCGUCCGAGUUUCUGGAUCUUUUUUUUUU